UUGAACCAGAGCAAAGACACCCACACAAAAUACUAAUCAAGAAUUGUUGAAAGACAAGAGAAGAGAGAAAAUGCAAUCACCUUGCCUGAAAGAGGUCACAGAAGUAUGCCUCAGCGGCUGCUGCUCCUCCCGCUCCUCCCCCUUAUUCAAGUCCACAGCAUCUCACGACACCGCCUCAAAGUCUGGAAGCACUUCUGCAGCUUGCCGUCGUGACUUUGCAGCCAAAACUUCAUCAUCCAUCUUCCCAAACACCCAGUUCACCAACCAUGAGUCUAUACCAUCCUUGCAAAAGUCCUUCUCUGACUUCACCAGGGCUUAUCCGAGAUACUAUGAGACAGCAGAAGUGGACCAGAUACGAGCUCAGGAGUACUACCAUCUCACACAAUCCAAUCAUACCUGCCUUGAUUAUAUAGGCAUCGGUCUCUUCUCGUCUUCCCAGCUGCACAAACAGGAAUCAUCAAAACAAAAGGUACCAUCUACAUCCACUUCUCGACUGCCAUCACCGCCCCAAAAUUCAGAUUACCCUUUCUUUAGUAUAUCCUACAAGACUGGGAAUCUCAAGACGGAGCUUCUUCAUGGCGGCCAUGAAUCAGAGCUGGAAUCUGCAAUGAGAAGAAGAAUAAUGAGAUUUCUUAACAUUUCAGAAAAUGAUUACAGCAUGGUUUUCACCGCCAACAGAACAUCAGCUUUCAAACUUGUAGCAGAAUCUUACCCAUACAAAACUAGUAGAAAGCUUCUGUCAGUUUAUGACUAUGAGAGCGAGGCAGUGGAAUCAAUGAUUAACAGCUCGGAAAAGAGAGGCGCCCAGGUCAUGUCAGCAGAGUUUUCAUGGCCAAGGCUGAGGAUUCAGUCAGAAAAAUUGAGGAAGAUGAUAGGGAGUAAGAAGAAGAAGAAAAAGAAAAGAGGGGUUUUUGUCUUCCCAGUACAUUCCAGAGUUACAGGUUCUAGAUAUCCUUAUAUAUGGAUGACUAUAGCACAGGAGAAUGGGUGGCACGUCUUGGUUGAUGCUUGUGCCUUAGGACCAAAGGAUAUGGAUAGCUUCGGCCUCUCUCUUUUUCAGCCAGAUUUCCUCAUUUCUUCUUUCUACAAGGUUUAUGGGGAAAACCCAUCUGGCUUUGCAUGCCUCUUUGUCAAGAAAUCAGCUAUUCCAGUGCUGGAAGCAUCUACAAGUACAGGGAUUGUAAACCUUGUCCCAGCACAGGAGUUUCUUCAAAUAGGAGGGGACUCCUCUGACACGGAAGUUGAAGAGAUAUCUAGACUUCGUUUGCAAGAAGAUAUAUUAGAUAUAUCACGUUCUUUCUCUGGUCUGAUAUCAAAUCACAGUCAUCGGGGAACACCUACGAAAAGGUUAGAACAAGGAGAACUCUCUGACAGUGCAGAAGAUGGUGCAAACUCAGAAGAACUGGAAAUUUCAGGAGAAUCAGAAAGGCUUGCCAAGAGCAGCAAAAAUGGGAAUCAAGAGGUUGUAUGCAGGAGCUUGGAUCAAGUGGAUUCUCUGGGGUUAAUACUGAUCACUAACAGGGCAAGGUACCUGAUAAAUUGGUUGGUGAGUUCAUUGAGAAAGCUUAAGCAUCCUAACUCAGAGGGAGUUCCUUUGGUCAGAAUCUACGGACCAAAGAUCAAAUAUGACCGGGGACCAGCUCUAGCAUUCAAUGUAUUUGAUUGGAAGGGUGAAAAGGUUGAGCCUGUUCUUGUCCAGAAACUUGCUGAUAGAAACAACAUUUCUCUUAGCUACGGAUUCUUACACCAUAUCUGGUUCUCAGAUAAGUAUGCUGAAGAGAGAGGAAGAGUCCUAGAGAGAAGAGAUAGUGGAGCAAAAGGAAUGGCUGCAAACAAGUUGAAGGCAAAAUCUGGUUCAGGAAUAAGUGUGGUUACAGCUGCACUCGGGUUUGUAUCGAAUUUUGAAGACAUAUACAGGCUUUGGGCUUUUGUUGCACAGUUCCUAGAUGCAGAUUUUGUGGAGAAGGAGAGAUGGAGAUAUACAGCUCUUAAUCAGAAAACCAUUGAAGUUUAAACUAUAUAUGUUUAUUCUAAAUUGAUCCACAGUAUAGAAAACUAAACAUUCUUGCACACGAGUUUUGAACAUUUGGAAUUUAAAGUCAAAGGAAAACAGAUGUACCACCAUUCAUUAUUUUCAAAGAAAUAGAUUUAGCACCUUUCAAA